AUGGAGGACACGAUGAAGAUGAACAUGCAGAUGAACUUCCACUGGGGAAAUGAGGCUACAAUCCUAUUCAAAGGCUGGCCUAAUGAAAGCACUGGCAUGUACAUAUUGGCUUUACUGUUUGUGUUUGUGCUAGCCUUUGCUAUGGAAGCUUUGUCUGCCUGGCCCGUUGUCAAAUCUAGCAUGAACCCGAUUGUGGCGGGGAUCACUCAUGCGUCCAUUUACUCUGUUCGAAUUUGCAUGGGGUACUUGGUCAUGCUCGCUGUCAUGUCAUUCAACGCCGGAAUCUUCAUAGUCGCUGUGGCAGGCCACACCUUCGGGUACUUUAUAGUCAAGGCCAGUGCUCUUGCUCUUGCCAAACCAGCUGCUUCCCCAGCCUAG